AUGAAACAUAGAAAAACAGUAAACGCCAAUGGAAUUGAGUCUCGUAAGGAAUGCCGAAUAUGUGGUGAUGCUGCUCGUGGUCUCAAUUUUAAUGUUAUGACGUGCAUGUCUUGUAAAUCAUUUUUUCGUAGAAAUGCACAGAAAAAAAUGCUGUCAUCACUUUGUCAAUUUGAAAGUAAUUGUGAUAUAACAAUAAGAACACGUGGUUAUUGUUCACCUUGUCGUUUGAAAAAAUGCUUAGAACUAGGAAUGAACCCUGAGCUGAUUCGGCACGUUUCAGAUUCCAGCAUGAUCUUGAAGAAAAACAAACGCACAGAAGUCACAGAGUCCAAACAGACUCAGCUACCAACUCCUCUACCACUUAGUCUACUUCGAAAUGAUCGAUCAACAUUGGCAACGAAUGAAUGGACUCUACUCUCAAAUAUUCUUCAUGCAUUUGAUGAAGAAAACGCUAUGACACGUAUUCAAUGUUCUCUUGAUGCACUUUCUGCUUUACCUCCAAAAUUACGUUCGAAACCGAUAGAACUAAUGAAACUUAUUAGUCAGCUCUAUGGAAGUAUUGGAUCACUUUUAGAGCAUUCGCCAGAUUUUCAUGGUUUACCAUUCGAUGCUCGUCAACUUCUUAUUAAACAUAAUUUGUAUAUUAUUGGUGUGAUGAAUGGACUUUUCGUUGGACGUGAGUUAAACGUAUUUGAUAAUACGGCUGUUUUUAAUCUCACUGCUCAAGUAUAUGGGCCUGAAUAUAUGAUCGAAAUGCGUCGAAAUAUUGCACGAUAUGAUCACAAUGGUAGUCUCAUUAAAAUCUUGUUAUUCAUCAUUGGUUUUUCAAGUAAUUGCUCAAUUGUGAUAUAUAAUGAUGAAGAACCAUAUUCCAUUGUAUCAAGUUCGAUCAAUCUCGUUCGUAUUCAGAAUAUCUAUGUGACUAUGUUAUGGAAAUACUUACUGUAUUUAUACGGAUUUCAUGCAGCGGUACUUAGAUUUUCUGGACUUGUAAAAAAUGCGGUGGAUUUGAUGAGUACGUUAAAUGCAACGCCUCAUGGGAAAAAUCGUAAUCGAGUCCUUGAUACCAUUGUAAAAGAAACACAACUUAAAUUGGUUAUAUCCGAGUGA